UCGACAACCGGAACACUUAAAAGGCCCUCCUCCCUCUACGGAUGCCGCAGUAAAAUUGGUCGCGCCUGCGCAUUUUUGGACCUCUUUUUCUUGCAAGUGCCCCUAACCCAUCGCACCAUGGCAGAUCCUGAUCUUGACUUCUCCACUGCCGAAUCCGGCGCCUCCGCCACCUUCCCCCUUCAGUGCUCCAGCUUGCGCAAGAACGGCUUCGUUGUGCUGAAGGGACGUCCCUGCAAGAUCGUCGAGAUGUCCACCUCCAAGACCGGCAAGCAUGGACACGCCAAGGUGAAUCUGGUGGGAAUUGAUAUCUUCACCAAUAAGAAGUAUGAGGACAUGUGCCCCUCCACCCACAACAUGGAUGUGCCUAACGUCAAGAGGGUUGAGUUAUUGCUGGUCAACAUCACCGAAAAAUACAUGAGCCUCAUGGCCGACAACGGAGACGUGCGGGAGGACCUGCGCAUCCCUGAUGGAGAUCUGGGCAAGGAGAUUGAAGCCAAGUUCAAAGAAGGAGAUGAACUCUUGGUUUCCGUGCUGUCUGCCAUGGGGGAAGAGUGUGCCGUGGCAGUCAAAUCCACCCCUGGCAAAUAGGCAGACUCUAUUGGCUGCUCAGGCAACAAGCUCCACCCUCAACCAGUCUCUUGCAUUCUUAUUGGUUCUGUCACCAAAGCGACGGCCUUCACAGACAACCUCAAUCAUUCUGUGUGAUAAUUCCCUUGGUUUUGUUUUUGUCUCCAAUGCUGUCAGGACUGACCCACUGCAGCUUGCUGCGUGGCAUUCUGCCGGAUCACUGAGGUUUUGUUUAGUAACAAUCUACUUUAUAAAAAAACUUAAAAUUGAUUCUUUCUGACUUCUUCCUCAUUCCUCUGUUAUUUUUGCCUUCAAAAUGUUAGUCUCGAUACUCACAUUCCUGAAUGUCUAAAUAAUGGGAUCCAGCUUUUUGUAUGAUUCAUUUUUUUAUAUAUAUUCUUUAAAUUGAAUAUAGCAGGUUUAAUGCCUUCAGGGGGAAGGUGGGGAUGGGGCUGUGCUGGUUUGUUAUGGAUGAGGCUAGGGAAAGCCGUCCCUUUCAGUGACACUGAGCUCCGAUUAGGUUUUAAGUUUGUCCACCUUUGGCUGCCAUACUGCUUCCAACAUGGCUGCCACUCUGGCACCAAAGGGAAUCGGAUCAAUUUCCUCUUGCCUUCCCACAAGCGCAGGAUUGCAGGUGACUAGCACUUACCCCAACAUUUCAAUUCUUAAGACUCCAUUUGAUUUUUUCGUAUGGAAAACGGCAACAAACUUCAGUAAUUUUCCUCUCAGCCAGUCUGUGUAGAAGUCGGAUGGGUGCGAGGAGCCCUGUGCGCUUACCUGUUACCAUGGCAGCCAGGUCUUGAAACUGCGGCCCUGGUCAUCCCAAUAUAGAAUAAAGUGUCUUGAGGCUUGUGUGUAGCGGAGUGGGGCCUCCAGAAUGUUCUAGAGGCCAGUUUGCAGUGGGGUUUGUGUGAGGCUCGAUCAGGGAGGAUGGGGGAGAGGAGGGUUGGUGAAGUUGCAAACUAUUUUGUUCACACGAGGCCUUUGUCACCUGACUGGAGAUGGCAAAAACAAAUAAAGUUCAAACUAAUGGAAA